UCAAAAUUCAAAGUGGGUGUGCGAUUUUUCCCCGGCCGCAACCACGACACCACAACAAAAAUCGACGACUAACCUCUCAUCACAGCAACGGGGAUAAUCAGUCAAGAUGGUUUCCGCAAAGAAGCAUGUCCCGAUCGUGAAGAAGCGCACCAAGACGUUUAACCGUCACCAGUCGGAUCGCUUCAAGUGCCUGGACCGAUCAUGGCGCAAGCCCAAGGGUAUCGACAACCGAGUCCGAAGACGCUUCAGAGGUAGCAUGGUUAUGCCCUCGAUCGGAUUCGGCUCCAACAAGAAGACCCGCCACAUGAUGCCCUCCGGCCACAAGGCCUUCCUCGUCAGCAACACCCAGGAUGUUGAGCUGCUGUUGAUGCACAACCGAACCUACGCCGCAGAGAUCGCCCACAACGUUUCGUCCAGAAAGCGAAUCGACAUCAUCGCCCGAGCCAAGCAACUCGGUGUCAAGGUCACCAACCCCAAGGCGAAGGUUACUACUGAGGUGUAAGUCGGUUCAGGUUGCUGCUUGCGAUGACAUAGGGGUCCGGUUUCUCGUUUUCGGGAAAACUGCAUGCAUUGGAAGGGAUUUGCUCAGUGAAAUGGUCUAUGGAUGGUUACGAACUAGCAUGGCAUGACCACGCUAGGCAAUAAAAUACACCUUUUACGAUGAUACCGCCUGCCCAGUAUC